UUCCGCAGUGCCUGAUUAUGCGGUAACCCUACCGGGAUUUCGGAAAAUUUUAAACCGAGUUGACGUGCGACUUCAUUUUCUCCGUCAGCCCGCUGCUCGCCAACAACAACAAACCGAGAAGUGAAAGAAUUUAACGACAUUACAAGUCGUAACUGUCCGUUUUGACGCUAUUAAGUUUCAAUCAUUGCCUGGUAGACCAUUAAGUUGUUCGAUUAAAAAAUGUUGGAUCUUCACAUGCUCAAAAGCCUACCGGGAAAUGGAGAGGUUACAGCGUGCGAGCGUGAAGGAGUGCUUCGUUGCGACAGCUCAGACCUUGCUGUUAAAACAGCGCAGCUGAUGCUUGGAUGCAGUGAACCAAUCCUUGAAACUGAAAGCUGUGAGACAGUUCGACCAGCACUGGGCAAGCAUGAUGCUCAGAAUGCCUUUUCAGCUAGGCCUAGACUGCCAGCAUCAAUUGUCAUUGCCUACCGUGAGCGAGGAUUGGCCGGAUGUUUGGAACAAUUGGUUGAAGAUUCUGAGCCAGGCUGGCUGAUGGCUAUUGCAAGAGUGGCUGCUAAGGCUGCUCUGGCUGGUCUCAGCACAGCCGAGCAAGUCACCAAGUUCACAAGAUUUGAGAGGAGUAUAAGUACACGCACUCACACUUCAGGGCUGGGUGGUGGCAGCCGAGAGAUUGUGAGCAUUUCUUGGCACAGUUGCAGCAGACGUUUGGCUGUCGCGUUCACUGAUGACAGCGUUAAAAUCUACAGCCAGAAGCCCUUGCAACCACUACUUAAGCACAGAAUACAGCGACGCGUCACUCAGGUCCAGUGGCUGCCCUACAGCAUGAGUGUUGCGUGCGUGUCGUGUGAGGCGGGAGUCUUGCUGUGGAGUGUCGACCCUUCGUCUGUAGUGACGCGCCCUUCUGGAGCCUGCAUCUCGCUCCUGCCUUUCCUCCAUAACGCCUCUCAUGCCGUCAUGACGACACAUCCUCAGGGCACGAGCGUGGCAUGUUCAGAUGGCCGCGGCGUGCGUGUGUGGGACACGGCGUUGUUGAUGAGCACUGAGGUGCAGCGCAGCGGUCACGUCACGCACCUCGCCUUCUCGCCUGACGCCACCAGACUGCUCGUGGUCAUGGCUCGUCCUCCUACCCUGAGAGUUUUCGACACAAGUGACUGGAGCCUGCAAGAGUGGGUGAGCAGUAGCGAGGUAUCGUGCUGUGCGUGGUCGCCCUGCAGCGACUACGUUGUCUUCUGCACCGCUGACCCUGCCGUGCUGUACUUCUUGUCGCCUACCACUGCUGCCACAGCUUUCUGCACCGCUGACCCUGCCGUGCUGUACUUCUUGUCGCCUACCACUGCUGCCACAGCUGCCACUAUGCUGGCAGACCUUUCUCUCGUGCAACUCGCCGACACAAGUGGCCAGACUGUCAGCGUCGGUGGAGCUGUGAAAGGCAUGGCGUGGGGCGGUGAGCGGCUCUUGCUCUAUUUCCACUCCUGCUCCUACUUGGUACUCUUUCACACGCUCACGAUUCAUGCUCUUAAAAUUGCCAUCAACGGAGUGAUCAAAGGUCCUGACGACUGUCUGCCAGUGUCAGCAGCCUUUCACCCUUCCCAACCAUCGCUACUUACGGUUGCUUGGGACGACGGGACUCUACAACACGUCCCUCUUCUAUACACGUCUCGGCAGACCACGUCAACAUCAAAUAUUGGUGCUUUGAACACCACGUUAGCCGAGUUUAACACCACAGUUGCCGACUACCACACCACCAAUGUUAACAGUCCUUGGAAUGACUCUCAUAUUACGCCUCGAGAAUUUCAAAGCGAUACUCUAAAUGGGAGUCUGUGGCCUAAUAAUAGCAUUUUGUCCUAACUCAGUUUCGAAAUUUCUUGGGAAAUGCUUCUCCGAUCUAGCUUUCUUCAUUAAUUUAGAAACCUGACAUUAUUUUUUAUGGGUGGAUGGAUAUGAAAUUAUGAAGAUUCGUCUUAAGUCAGUGAGCGAAAUUCACAAUUUGUAGGUGUUUGUGUUAGUUAUGAAGUUUGGAAAAGCUCCUGUAGGUGUUAUUCUACGCUUUUCCCUUUCGCCUCAAUCGUACCUUGCAUAGAUAGGCAAAUUGUUUUAUGACUGAGUAGAAUAUACUUUUCAUAUGAAAGUUGUAGCGUUAGUUUGUAUUAAGAUUUUAUUGGUCGGAUCUUUAUUAAUAAAUGAAUGUACUUCAGCCAGUUGUUGAAAUAAGGCUCCACGAAGAUAACUCCUAAUUAAUUGUGCUAUAGCUCGAAUGUCAAAAUGCUCACUGUUAGUCGAGUCAAAUAUAAUAUUUAGAGAGCA